AUGAAGAAAAGUGAGAGAGAAAAUAAAGAAGUUGAAGUUGGUAGAAAGGAGAAGAAGAGUAUGGAUGCAUCAGGUUCUGCAUCAGGAUCAGGUUCAGCAUCAGGGUCAGGAUCAGGUUCGGAAGGUGACAGAGAGAAAGUGUAUAAAUUGUAUAAUGAGAAGAGAAAGAAAAUUUGGAGAGAGAUGUUGGAGAUGUCAGAGGAGAAGAAAAUCAUGGCCAUGGCGUGGUUAAAGGAAGGGCAAGAGCAAUGCAUGAAAACCGUCGCUAAAUGUUAUGACCACAGAUACCAAAACGCUGUUAGCUUAUGGCUCCAUCGCUUGGCCCACGUCGAAUUUGACAAAGAUGGGUCUCUUCGGGAAACCAAAACAACUCUACAACACAGGGAGCAAGAGCGAGACACUUGUGACGAGGGUAAUAAGGAGCAAUUAUUGCAAGAUGAUACAAGAAAUGCUCAAGAACAUGGUGCAAAUCAGAACCCACCAAAUUAA